AUGGCCUUUACUGAUCAUCUAAGGAUAGGAAAUGACAGAUGUUUUCCUGUUUGUGUGAUGGAAACUGAUGUCUGCUGGUCUGAUUCUGCUAUUCCCUUUGUCACAGAGCAGUGUAGUAAACUGGCCACAAUGAUGGAUCAUUACCAGCAAGAUUAUCUGCUGUACUAUGCUGUGCUGAGGCGUGAGAGGGCCCAGCGUAGGAGAGCUAGAUCGUGCUGGAUGAAGCAGUGGCCACUGAGUCAUCAGACUCAUUGUCACAUGCCACUGCUCAUGGAGAUUAGGGAGAACAAUCCUGACGACUACCACAAUGUCCUGCGAAUGGAUGAUGCUACCUUCCAGGAAUUGCUGCCUCUGGUGACCUCCUACAUAGAGAAGCAAGAUACUAACUUUGGGCCUCAUCAUCCCGUGCUGCUCAUCGUGAAGGUGCUGCAGUACCAGUAUUGCAAGUUCCCUACCAGCAUGGAAGAGUGGAAAGCCAUCGCAGAGGAGUUUGCCCAGCGUUGGAAUUUUCCGAAUUGUGGAGGAGCCAUUGACGGCAAACAUGUCCGCAUAUCCCAGCCUGUCAACAGUGGUUCCUACUACUACACUUAUAAGGGCUACUUCAGUAUCGUUCUGAUGGCAGUGGGUAAUGCGAACUACGAGUUCAUCUUCCUGGAUGUCAGCAGGAAUAGGUGUGCUUCGUAUGGUGGCACUUUAAACAAUACCAAAUUCUACCAGAGACUCACCUCCAACACCCUUCACUUGCCGUCUGACAAGAAAACAAAACAUGUGCUAAAUUUUGUGUUUGUGGCGGACGAGGCAUUCGCCCUGUAUGAGCACAUCAUGAAGCCAUAUGCGCAAAAGGGCCUAAACCACGACAAAAGGAUCUUCAACUACAGGCUAUCCAGGGCACGCUGUAUUGUGGAAAGUGCUCUUGGAAUCCUGGCUAACUGCUUUCGCAUAUUCAACACUGCCAUCAACCUGAGGGUGGACAAAAUAGACUUGGCAGUCACGGCGUGCUGUGUCCUGCUCAAUUUACUCCACCGCAGAGCCACACAGCAAAGGGCUACAGGCACAGAACCACAAAAAGAUCCAGAUCUAACAGUGGAGGUAUGCAGAUAUCCUCCAUGGAACCACCUGCACAACAGUAUAAGGGGACUGCACAGGCCAAACAGGUCAGGGACUAGUACAUGGCCUACAGUAUUUUAACGGAGUGGGUGCUGUCGAUUGGCAGGAGGAAUCCAUUAGAUACAGUAGAGUGGAUUAUACCUGUUCUCCUGUAACAACAAACUUAAACAUUGCAUACAGACAUUUCAAAAUACUGUGUCUCUACUUACCGACACUGGCUGCUAACUUACAUACACAGUUGGCAGCAUGUCCUCUACCUCGCUCUCCACCAUUAGGAUUACUCCAGUCCUAUGUGACUCCUGACUCAGGGUGAACAUAAGGAGACUGUAAUACCAAAGGGUGGUCUCAUACACUUGGUCGGCUCCGGCACCCGAUCUCUUUGAAGACUCAAUCUUCUUGUGUUCCUUUAGAAUUUAAAUUUAGAAUUUUUUUUACACACCCAAUCCGGGUUGGCAUCCGGAUGAAAUGCCUGGCUAUGUUCUGCCAAAUCUUCAAGGGCUUUGGCCCUUUUCACUUUAUUGAUGUAAUCAACCUCUGAGGAAACUGCCACCCACAUAGGCGGAGAAACGCGUCAGUUGAUCAAAAACAUCAAGUGGAAUGCACGGUAAGCCGGAAGCUCUGAAAAACCGGAAGUCGCAGCACGCGACCAACGCAAGCACUCCCUGCCUUUCCCUCCAUGCUGCUUGCGUGUUACAGCUCAGCUGGAUACAUUGAACAGCCGCUGUGCGGUGGGGUAAGCAUUUGCUACAUGAACUGAAUGCUUGGAAUAGACUGACUGCAUAGCCCACCCAGCGCUGCCGCAUCUAACAUGCUGCUAGUACUAGUAACCAAGCAAUAAACCAGUGACCCUAAAAUAUAGGGCUGUGAUUUUAUUUAUAUCUCAAAAUUGAGAGUAUCUGGCAGCUUAAAGGAAAUCAUUACAUUCCAAACUCCAGCGGAGGAUGAAGUAUAACCUUAUAUAUUUUCUCAUCAAAGACUGUGCUUGACUAACAGACUGUGCAUUCGUCUAAAUCAUUGCUACUAACUGACUAGCAUUGUAUGCAGAUCAUUAACCCGCUCAGACCUAACCAGCCAAUGCUGACAUUGAAAUGUUGUUUUUAAUAUUUUUUGUGAUUGUUUAUUGCUAAUUGCUGUCAAUUGGUAUUGUCUAUAUAACAUAUACAUGUCCUUAUUAAUAAAUGUAUUAUUAAACCAGUAGCCAAUCCAAUCCAAUCCAAUCUUUUUCGUGCGCCCACAUUGAAAAUUCCUAUUACUGUAAUCUUUGGAUUUUGUGCGCCAAAGACACUCGAACUCACAAUAUUUAUUGAUAAAUCCUUCGACCAACUUGUGCUCCUUUGCCAGUGCCAGAGACAUUUCUAUUGGGAGAAAGGAAAACAAUCAUUAAUAUUUGUAAAU